AUGGCAGUGAUACAAAAGAUGUUGCUGGGUCUGGUUCUAGUCUCAGUGAGCCUUGGUGUUGGAGCCGAGGUGCACCAUAUAGUUGGAGGGGAGCGUGGAUGGGACCCUUAUGCUGAUAUUGGUUCUUGGUCCUCUGGUAGAACUUUCAGAGUUGGAGAUAAAAUUUGGUUCACCCACCAUGCAGCACAGGGGAAAAUAGCUGAGGUGGUGACGAAAGAAGAAUACCUAACCUGUAACGUGAGCAAUCCAAUCAGAAUGUACACAGAUGACAUUGAUGGGAUCUCUCUUGAUGAAGAAGGGAUCCGUUACUUCACAAGCAGCCAUUCUAAAAAGUGCAAGAAUGGCCUGAAAUUACACGUAGAGGUGGUUCCUGAAGGGAAAACUGAUACCGCUACCUCCAACACACAAGUUGUCGCAUCAGAAAACUCUAACAAGGCUAUUGCUGAAGCACCAGAAAGUUCAGGUUCAGCCCGGUUUGGUGCAAGCUUUGCUUUGUUAUUGGCUGGAUUUUGGCUAUGCUACAUGGGUGUUUAA